AUGGCGGCGAUGGCGGCUGUCACGCUGGGCCCGGCUCCGGCGCCCGGCCCGGCCCGUUGCCGCUCGGUGCACUGGUUCCGCCGCGGGCUUCGCCUCCACGACAACCCGGCGCUGCAGGAAGCGCUGCGGGACGCGGCCUCCCUCCGUUGCAUCUAUAUCCUCGACCCCUGGUUCGCCGCCUCCUCCGCCGUGGGCAUCAACCGCUGGCGAUUUCUGCUUCAAUCUCUGGAAGAUCUGGACAACAAUUUAAGGAAACUCAACUCUCGCUUGUUUGUUGUGCGAGGGCAGCCAACAGAUGUCUUCCCAAGACUUUUUAAAGAAUGGGGAGUCACUCGUCUCACCUUCGAAUAUGACUCAGAGCCGUUUGGUAAGGAGAGAGACGCAGCUAUCGUCAAACUGGCCAAGGAGGCUGGCGUGGAGGUGGUGAUAGAGAACUCCCACACCCUCUAUGACCUGGACAGAAUAAUUGAGCUGAAUGGCCACAAGCCACCCCUCACCUACAAGCGCUUCCAGGCCAUCAUUAGCCGAAUGGAACUCCCAAAGAAGCCAGUGAGCACCGUAAUGAGCCAGCAGAUGGAGACUUGUAAAGUGGACAUCCAAGAGAAUCAUGAUGAUGUGUAUGGGGUCCCAUCCCUGGAAGAGCUGGGCUUUCCUACAGAUGGUCUUGCCCCUGCAGUUUGGCAAGGAGGAGAGACAGAAGCUUUGGCACGGCUGGAUAAACACUUGGAAAGAAAGGCAUGGGUUGCAAAUUACGAAAAACCAAGGAUGAACGCCAAUUCAUUGCUGGCCAGCCCUACAGGACUCAGUCCCUACCUGCGCUUCGGCUGCUUGUCCUGCCGCUUGUUUUACUAUCGUCUCUGGGAGCUGUAUAAGAAGGUGAAGCGGAACAGCACCCCCCCCCUCUCUCUGUAUGGACAGCUUCUGUGGCGAGAGUUUUUCUACACAGCAGCCACAAACAACCCAAAGUUUGAUCGCAUGGAGGGAAACCCCAUCUGCAUCCAAAUCCCCUGGGAUAGGAACCCUGAAGCCUUGGCAAAGUGGGCAGAGGGCAAGACGGGCUUCCCUUGGAUCGAUGCAAUCAUGACCCAACUGAGGCAGGAAGGGUGGAUCCACCAUCUGGCCAGGCAUGCAGUGGCCUGCUUCCUGACCAGGGGCGACCUCUGGAUCAGCUGGGAGUCAGGAGUCAAGGUAUUUGAUGAGCUGUUGCUGGAUGCAGAUUUCAGCGUCAAUGCAGGCAGCUGGAUGUGGCUUUCGUGCAGUGCGUUCUUCCAGCAGUUUUUCCACUGUUACUGCCCCGUGGGCUUCGGACGUCGCACAGACCCCAGUGGUGACUUUGUUAAGAGGUAUCUGCCCAAACUAAAGGGCUUCCCCUCCCGAUACAUCUAUGAACCAUGGAAUGCCCCAGAGUCUGUGCAGAAGGCAGCAAAGUGUAUCAUUGGGGUGGACUACCCCAAACCCAUGGUGAACCACGCAGAAACCAGCCGACUGAACAUAGAGCGCAUGAAGCAGAUUUACCAGCAGCUGUCACGCUACAGGGGGCUCUGUUUACUGGCAUCAGUCCCUUCAUGUGUGGAAGAUCUCAGUGGCCCAGUCACAGACUCAGCUUCAGGGCAGGGCUGCAGCACCAGUGCAGCCAUGAGGCUGUCACAAGCAGACCAGGCUUCUCCGAAGCGCAAACACGAGGAAGCAGAAGAGCUGUGCACGGAAGAACUGUACAAACGAGCCAAAGUGACAGGUCUCCCUGCUGCAGAGAUCCCUGGCAAGAGUUUAUGAUUUUCUCCAGUAGAGGGCAGUACCCUGUUACUGCAACAGUCAGCACAGUUGUUCCUGGGUUUGUUUUAGUGAAGCUGCUUCAGCUUCCACAGCACGGGUUUGCAGCCAAGUUUGCCCAUGUGGUGAGGGUACAGGCUGGAGGAGGGGACUAGGUAAGUCCAGGCAUUUGCCUGAAAUGCUCCAGAUCCCAGGAGGGAGGAGCUGGUCACAUGUUUUGCCAACUUUUCAGUAUGAGGGGUAGGUCAAGGCAAAUUCUCUCUCUUGCUUUCUCCUACAGCCAGCAACAAGCACCUUGCAAGCGAAGAAUGAGAGUGCUGAAGAGGUGACCAGAGGAGUAGGGCCUGCUGCCACAGAGGGACUGAAGCUUGUGAUCCACAACAGAAAAUCUGGGGUCUCAUAUAAAUGUGUCAUUCCAAUAGCUGCCACAAAAGGGCACUGCACUACUUGUGCUUGGGAAUAUUUGGCUUUCUGAUCUCCAGAGAGCUAAAUAAGCCCCUACGCACCCAUUUCCACAAUCUGCCCAAGUUUAAGGAGGCAAGAGCCUUCUGUUAACUUGUUCACUCCCGAGUGUGUGUAACUUUUCUGACAAUGGCUCAGUGCUUGUGACUUGGUGCAUUGAUGUAGGGCGCAACAUCUGCACAUCUCAGAAAUAGUAAACAUUCUUUCUCAUCACCAGUACUGGGCAGUGAGGUGCACUGAUUAAUUCAGAUUAUAGCAGGAGACGAGAAGGAAGCUGCUACAAUGUCAACAAUGGAGUACCCAUCCUAUCAGAGAGCAAGAAAAUCUCAGUGUUUCUUUUCAUAGGCUAGACUAGUGGGGUUAUAAAUGCUUUCUGAGUAAAUCAAGGUGGUACUCAUGGGCAAUGGAAACAACAUGAAGGACAACUGUAGCACUAUCACAAAAAGAUACAAACUUGAAAGGUGGUUAAAACUUUUCCUGCAGAGGAACCUCGCUGCUGAAAGGCAACCCAUAGUGCUGUUGCCUGGAGUAGGCAGCUUUAGAGCAGUUUGACAUCGUGGAGGAGGGACUCUGAGAGAAGGAGGAAUUCUUCAGAGAAAAAGACCAUGCCUUGAUAUGAGUAAAGCAGUCCCCCUGAAGCUUGCUGCUCCAUAUAAUAAGGGAGCUACACCUGUGCCCUGCACUCUACAGCAUUUCGUGCCCUGAAUGAGAGCUCACAGAUGGAGUGACCAAUGUCUGGUGUGUAGCCUGUGGAGUGCCUCAUACUGAUAGGGGUUUGUUACACACCAGCUCUUAGAAGUGAGUCUUCCUCAGGCUUAGUCCCCUCCCCAUUCUGUGUGAAUGUUUGCUCUUUCCUGUGUAGUCAUCUGUGUUUUGAGUUUCUACACAGCAUACUCCUGUACCUCAUAGCCUGCACACUGCUCCUUAUUGCUAUUAACAUUCACACUGGUGCUUUGUAGUCUGGCAGGACAAUUGUGUAGCCUUCUUGGCUCUUAACCAUACACUCCUUGGCCUGCUCAUGUUGCAUGUCAUUUCAACACAGUGCUGGCAGAGUGCCUCUGCUUGCCUUCCCAUCUAAGAGGGCAGGAGAGGGUAGUACUGCAGGAGAGCUUCUCUUUUGGCUGUUUUCAAGAGGGAUUAGAUCAAGUAGCUAAUCCUGUGCAAUGGGCUGCUGUUGGCACUGUUUUCAUUUGCUGUCCAAAACCUUUCAUCCCCGCCUGGCACAGAUACUGUGGGGCUAUAUGUGAGGUUAUGCAACUAACAGCUUGGGAAGCACAGGAAUUGUCUCCCAUUCUAACUGGGAUCAUCAGAUUCAGUUUUGGAGCCCAUGUUUGAACCCGGAGCAAUGCAGCUGCAAAUAGAAACUAAGUCAUGUAUCUGGUGAACCUGGGGUGGUUGAAUUGGUUCUGUUAAUUUAUUUUUUUAAUAGUUGAAUAACCUUUCCUUCCCACUCAUCUCCCUCAGGCAUUGACUGUAGAUUGCUUUUCCCAGGGGAAUACGUUGGGCAGACUGACCAAGUAAACAAGAGUCACUUUUCCUGCCCUUAAUUUCUUCUAAGCUAAUCAGUCUGCCUAGUGGAUAACCCAGUAAUCAACAGGUUUUGUCUCCUUCAAUCUGAUACAGACAUUACUCUCACUGUCUUGAGGGCAGAAAGGUAUAAAGAAAAAGAGACCCUCCCUUGUCUUCUGCUGCAGAGAGAAGGAAGGGGAAAUAUGCACUUUGUACACUAACGUUACAGAGAUUGUGACUUUGGUCAUUUGGAGAGUUUCAUGUUUAGGCAAUGGUCUGUAAAUACUACUUUUUUAUAUAUAUAUAUCUGUAUAAAUGUCUUUAACCCUC